UUUUUGACGUUGCUGUCAUAAUCAAAACAGCACGUGUGAAAAAUGCGUAUAGAAACGUGUUAUUUCUGCUCCUCCAGGAUAUAUCCUGGACAUGGAAUCCAAUUCGUGAGAAACGAUUGCAAGAUUUUCAGAUUCUGCCGUUCAAAAUGCCACGCAGCGUUUAAAAAGAAGAAGAACCCGCGUAAAACCAAAUGGACCAAAGCUUACCGUAAGACCGCUGGCAAGGAAUUGGCUAUUGACCCAUCGUUCGAGUUCGAGAAGCGUCGUCAUACUCCCUUGAAGUACAACAGGGAGUUAUGGACUAAGACCAUCGAAGCCAUGAAGAAGGUUGAGGAGAUUAGGCAGAAGCGGUCCAACAACUACAUCAUGCAGCGGCUGAGAAAAGGACGCGAGGUGGAGUGGCAGCGGGAUGUCAGAGAAGUGCAAAGGGAUAUCUCACUUAUCAGAUCACCGGCAGCAGGCCUCAAACAGCGACUAGCCGAAGAAGAGACCGAAAUGGAAGUUGAACCGGAAACCAUUGAAGUUGUGGAUGCUAAGGGCCGCAAACAAAUCAUUGAGGCUCCAGUUAUGGUGCCCGCUGUGGGAGAAAUGAUUGAAGAAGGAGGCGACAUUGAACUAUAAUUUGUUAGUUUUAAAAUGUAUUCUUUAAAUCAGUGGUCGGCAACAGGUGGCCCUCAAGCCUCCCUGGAUGUUUUGUAUGUAAUAUUGAUAAACAACAAUGUCUGCUAAAGUCAUAAUAUUACCAAAGUGCGGCCGGCGUCAACAUCGCUAACUACUAUGUGGCCCUUGGCUGGUAAAAGGUUGCCUACCGCUGCUUUAAAUGAUGUGGCUCACCAUUAAGCAGUGUAAUCUGUGUGGAAAAGAAAACAGAAUGAAGAUAUCCACUGGUCACGCAUCCAUAAAAUGAAUAUACUUAUACUCUGUAUCUUUAGGUAUUUAAAUAAAAGUAAACAAACAUUGUAUAUUUUCAGGUAGUUAUAACAUUUAUUGGUUAACCAACCAAAUACAAAACCGCUUGGAUCAUUCACUAAACGACCUGACUUUAACGUAGAUUUGUUGAUCAUGUAAUGUUUUCAUCUACCCUCAACUGGCUGAAGGAGCCAUUUGAAGGUAGAUUUUGUUCUUUUUAUUUAAAUACAGAGUAUAAAUGUAGUGAUCUAACUAAACAAUGGUUUUUUUUAACUUACAAAAGUGAAUGUUUUAAUACUGCAGUGAAGAAACUGUUCAUUUAUUGCAGUGCAUACAAUUGUUUCUUUGCGUUAAAUAAAAUUAUUAAUAAAUGUGUU